UGGGAGGGCUGGAGACGUGCUUGGUAUUGGCAGGCUGAUGAGGACACGUGUCUCCUCCCUGCCUCCCCCGCCGGGCUCCACGGUACCGCAUUGGCAUCAGUAAAGGCACCUGAACGCCGACGAGUAACUCCAGGAAAAAAGCUGCUUGGGCGCAUCUUGUAACCCAAAAAGAGAUAACAGGGGCCCCUUGGCUUGCAGGAACCUGUGGCUCUCUCUCUUUUUCUGUUUUUCUGUUUUCCCACCGUGCGUAAAGCUUUUGCGCACCAGCGCUUGCACAGCCCCGGCGUCUGCAGAGGUGCGCUACUCGUCGAGCAUCAGCGCGCACAGCCAAUAUGCAGAAACAGAGCAGCGACGUCUGAAGGUGACAUGAACCUGGGGAUAGUCAAGAACACCAGCCGCACUCUGAACAAGAAGUGGAGAUAGCAACUGAAAACCGACGGUGUCUUCAAACCAAAACUUGAGCUUUUUCUUCUUGGCUUUAUUUCUCAUGCAGAGAAUAAGGAGCUGCAAUCCAAAGUAGCCUAAUUUUUCUUUUUUUUUUUACUUUGCUCGAAGGAGAGAAAACACUAAUUAAAGCAGGAGGCAGUCUACAGGAGAUACAAUGGCGACGUUAAUCAGAGGCAAGCUCUCUAAUAAACUCUCAAAUGCAGCCACGGCUGUGUCCAACAAAUCCCAGGCGAAGGUGAGCGGGAUGUUCGCCAGGAUGGGCUUCCAGGCCGCCACCGACGAGGAGGGUCUUGGCUUUGCUGCCUGCGACGACCUGGACUACGACCAUCGGCAGGGCAUGCAGAUGGACAUCAUGACGUCCGACGAGGCCGGCGGAGAGGGGGAAGGAGACGCAGGCGGGCAGGACGGGGACAGCCACUACCAGAGGGACGGCACCGGCCCACCGCGCUCCUCCUCCAAGGAAGUGGGUCCGAACGGGGAGCUGAGUGAAGACAGACCAAAAAUCACUGCAUGGGAGGCGGGCUGGAACGUCACGAACGCAAUCCAGGGGAUGUUUGUUCUCGGGCUGCCCUAUGCCAUCCUGCACGGAGGAUAUCUCGGACUCUUUCUCAUUAUUUUCGCCGCUGUGGUGUGCUGCUACACGGGCAAAAUCCUCAUCGCCUGCCUGUACGAGGAGAACGAGGACGGGCAGCUGGUGCGUGUGAGAGACUCCUACGUGGACAUUGCCAACGCCUGCUGCGCGCCCAGGUUCCCGUCUCUGGGCGGCCACGUGGUGAAUGUAGCCCAGAUCAUCGAGCUGGUGAUGACCUGCAUCCUGUACGUGGUGGUCAGCGGCAACCUCAUGUACAACAGCUUCCCCAACAUGCCCAUCUCGCAGAAGUCGUGGGCCAUCAUCGCCACCGUGGCCCUGCUGCCCUGCGCCUUCCUCAAGAACCUGAAGGCCGUGUCCAAGUUCAGCCUGCUGUGCACGCUGGCGCACUUCGUCAUCAACGUGCUGGUGAUCGCCUACUGCCUCUCCAGGGCAAGGGACUGGGCCUGGGACAAGGUCAAGUUUUACAUAGACGUCAAGAAGUUCCCCAUCUCCAUUGGGAUUAUCGUGUUCAGCUACACCUCGCAGAUCUUCCUGCCGUCCCUGGAGGGGAACAUGAACAAGCCCAGCGAGUUCCACUGCAUGAUGAAGUGGACUCACAUCGCCGCUUGCAUCCUCAAGGGGCUGUUCGCCCUGGUGGCCUACCUGACCUGGGCGGACGAGACCAAGGAGGUCAUCACGGACAACCUCCCCCCGGGCAUCCGCGCCGUGGUCAACCUCUUCCUUGUGGCCAAGGCCUUGCUGUCGUAUCCGUUGCCGUUUUUCGCCGCCGUGGAGGUGUUGGAGAAGAGCUUCUUCUCGGAGCAGGAGAACACGUACUUCCCGGACUGCUACGGGGGCGACGGGCGCCUGAAGUCGUGGGGGCUGACGCUGCGCUGCACCCUGGUGGUGUUCACCUUGCUCAUGGCCAUCUACGUGCCGCACUUCGCCCUGCUCAUGGGCCUCACGGGCAGCCUGACGGGCGCGGGGCUCUGCUUUCUGCUGCCCAGCAUCUUCCACCUCAAGCUGCUGUGGAGAAAGCUGCAGUGGCACCAGGUUUUCUUCGACGUGUCCAUCUUUGUAAUAGGCGGUAUAUGCAGCAUAUCUGGUUUCAUCCACUCCAUGGAGGGGCUCAUAGAGGCUUUUAAAUAUAACAUAGAAGAGUAGAUGCAGAAGCCAUUGCUGGAGCUAGAUGUUAUAAGUGCAAAAUCCCCCCCAUUUACAUUUAGUGAAAACAUUAAAACACACAAAUCUGCGGCCUGCGCUGCCUCUGUUCUGCUUGAAACCCGUGCGUAAAAGCGCACGGGGAAACUUUCGCAGUCAUGCACUUCUUUCUCUUCGACACACACACACACACACACACACACACACACACACACACACACACACACGCGCGCACACGCACACGCACACGCACGCACACACACACACACACACACACACACACACACACGCACACACUCAGUGGCAGUGAUGGAAUCUAAAUAACCAUGAAACCCGUGCGUAAAAGCGCACGGGGAAACUUUCGCAGACAUGCACUUCUUUCUCUUCAACACACACACACACACACGCACACGCACACGCACGCACUCAGUGGCAGUGAUGGAAUCUAAAUAACCAACAAAACACUACACGUUGUAUAAAUAUGCGAACACAAGUACAUAUUCAUAUUUUCCAGUGGAGUGGACGUUUACAAUAUUGACCUUAAAACCAUUGCAAAAAGGGCAGUUUUGCCUUUUUUUCGCCCCCCGUGGCGCUUUUCCCCCCCACACGAUACUUCACUUCAUAAUGCUUGAGUUUGUAAUGGUUUGACGCGAUGUGAUUUACUGAAGAUAUACGAUGUGCGUUUAUUUAAAAGGGGCGAAAUAGUUAAAGAAAAUGUAAUUCACACCUACAAUUUGCAGAUAUGAGUAUCUUUGAACAAGUGAGAAACAAAACCAGACAAUGGCAAUAAUUAUUGACACAAAAAAACGUGUUUGCAUUUAGAAAAAAAUUAAAGAACAGUGAGGUUUCCUUAGAAAUAAUCUGGAAAUUGCCCGAUAGAGUUCUAGCAAUGCAAAAUAUCUAAACAAAGCAGCUAUACAAACUAUGCAUUGAAUGUAUGAUAUUUCUAACAGAACAAAAUGAAAUUGGGAAGUGGAAAAAGCCCACCAAAUUUUGGUUCCUCCACGUGAACGCGUUAAUGCCUUCAUGGGCCUUUUGUCCCCCGAACCAAAUAGUCCUCAUUUUAUUUUGUUUCAUGUAACGUCCAGCCCCCUCGUCACGGCGCCGAUUAUCUCGAGAUGGGGAACCCUAAAAAUGAAAUACUGCACAUUCAGUUUCAACAUAACGCAUUUAGAAAACAACGUGGCCUGUCGUUCUGAAAUCAAUGUGACAGACUCGUGUCUUUAAAAUUCGGUGUCUGAAAAGAAAAA